AUGUACGAAGGGAUUGACAACCUGAAAUCCCUUUACGACCGUGCCGGGAAGACUUUCUCCGGCGGUCCUUCUGCGGCACAGGAAGUGCCGCGUCGUACUGCUCAACCAGACCCAGUACGUCAACCAUCAGUUGGGAGCGGGGCUCCCAAGAAUCCCAGGACGGGGGAUAGCCGCGCCACCGGACGAGGUAACUCGUCCGACGUUUGUUCAAGUCGCGGUGGUUCAACAGCUGCUCAACCAGAUAGCGCUGGCCACCGCGAGAGUCCUCUAAUGGAGGUGGAGGAGGAGGAAAGACGCUCUCCACACGAUCAUGUGGAUCGGUGUGUUCCCGAGAGCUUCUUUGAUCGCGUAACGCAAGGGUUACGCGACGAUCUCGAGCAUGAGCGGAAUAGGCGUCUCCAUCUGGCGUCCAAAUGGCGGACACUGCCUCGAAGCAUCGAGCUGAGUUUGCCUUUGCUCAGCUUGAGAGCGAGAGAUCUCUGA